ACAAUUUGGUCGGUAAGGUCACGGUCGUAAUCCUCGUCGACGUCGUACAUGUGUUGGCAGCUUGCAGCCAGCGAAAUAAUGGCGUCCAGGAAAACAAGACAGAAUCACUCGAUACAGCAUCUGCUCGAGUUACCCUCGAAUCGGGAAUCGAAAUUAUCGCGGUUUCCCGUGAAGGAGCAUACUCAACUGCCGCCGUCCAUGCCAACCCCUCGCCAAGUUCCGGUGACCGUGUUGCAUCCCUCUCCGAAAAAGUUAUACCUGAGCAAAACACGGCAGGCUGCCUUCUCGGCCGAUUUGCAGCAGUCUCUCUCACGAACAGUCAGUCCAACCGCACGCCAGCAAGAGUCGUCCCUAGCGAGGCGGGAAUAUCCCCGCCAAAUCAUGAACAAGGUGGACGAUCGAGUCAGAUCACCGGGAACAUCACGAUCAUGCCUGACUGUUACUACCAUGUCACUUUCCAUCUCGCCAUCUAGCCCCGAAGAACCUGUUACGCUGGUGGAACUGACCAACGUGCCGGGCGGACAGAAUGCGAUGGCUCAUCUCAAAAAGCGGAAACUGGAAGCAGAGUCGGUCGCGCAGAAUCCUAAACAAACGCAGCAGCCGUCGCAACAGUCGCAGCAGCAAUUGUUGAUCGGCAAGAAGGGCUUGCAGACGAGCACGUCGCAAGAGAUGGAGAUGACUGACGCCGCGACGAAGCGGAGGAGGAAAAGCGUUCGUGACGAUGACAUACGAAAGACGAUCGAUGUUGUUGACCCUAACAAAAAUAUACCUUUGCCCCAGAAGAAGCGCGCAUUUACAACAGGUAACUCGGGUAGUCCUGCCAGGAAAUCGAGCAAGCACAGCGAAGAACCCGAAGACGAUGAAACUCUCAUAAGAGAAACGGAAGCCGCCUUGAAAAGUCUAUCGGGCAGCUGGCCGGGACCUAGAGGAUGUCUAUAUCAAAGAGGCAAUUCAGACGAGGAUAGAUACGAGUCUAACUUCGAAAAUCUUUUUGAGGAAAAGAAAGAAAAUCCUAAAUUGUCGCCCUCAUCAAUAUCAACGUCUUCGACCACGAGUAAUGACACUGGCUGUUGUUCGUUGAAGGAUGUUAUAACUCUUCGCGGACAACAGGAUCGAUCGGGUAAGUUACAACAGCAGAAUAAGCAGCAGGAUUCGAAACAACAGCAUCCAACUAAAAUUAAGAAAGAUUUAGACAAUCUGCUGAAGAUAGAAAAUGAAUGCGCCAACAUUCAGUCUCAAGUCAACAACGUUAAUCAAAACGAACCGCCGAAAAUUAGACCAAUUUCCGUUCGCUCGUUGUCAAGCAAAGAAAGGAACGAGAGGAACGUGGUGAGUACACAUAUUGACCCUCAGGGAAGGCAACCGGACAAAUAUUCUAGAUACGAUCCACCGGACUUCAACGAAUUAGUCGAUGAUUCGUCCAACGAAUUAGAAAUUGACAUGUCGGAUCCGGCCGUUGACAAGGAUGAAAGCGAUCGGGACAGAUCGAAUGACCGAGAACGGGAUCGAACAUGCAAAAACGGUCAAUCACCUCAAAAUAUUAGCAGACAGCAGCAGCAGCAGCACCAACAGCUUUACACGAAUUAUCAAAGACAAUAUAACGAUACCAACAUGAAGGUCUCAUCUACGGGAACUUCAUCAUCUUCAACGACACCAGCGAAUUCUCCGUUUUCAGCAACAUCUGCUUUUAGACCGCCUAAUACGGAUCACUCAAAAGUAUCGUGUCGUGGCUCUUCGUCGGUCCCAGCAUCUUCAACGAUCCCACCAAUCGGUCCGUAUCCAGCCGCUGCCACAUUCGUGGGAUAUCCGACGCCUGGCCCGACGAUGCCAACGCCGCAGCCUGUAUCCGGUAUCUCGCCCACAGCCGAUGACAAGCACUCAUCUACAGUGUCACUCUUACAACUGAAAUCCUCGAAGGAGGAAAGUCAUCAUGUGACAACCCACGACGUAGCUACCAAUUCUGUACCUCCCAGUAAGAGUCCUACCGGCGGUCCACCACCUUCCGUCACGAGUCCCGAUUCUUCGAAACAAUAUACAAUCCUUCAGCCCGCGGGAGUGGGCUCCAGAGCAGCCAGUGCGAUCCAGGAUAUCGCGAGGGAAGGAGUGGUGAGUGUUGCCGCUGUUAGCAGCUGCACCGCCGCGAACAACGGCAGUGCGAGUAAUGUCAACACCGCGAAUGCGAACGGCAAUGGGGUGGUCGGUAAUAAAACCACCAACGGGAACAACGGCGCUAAUGACAGCAACAGUACUACGAAUCCUGCCGGGAAUCCUAAUGCAAACAGCAUCACCAGCAUAACCAUUACAACCGUGUCGACGACCACUACUACGUCUAGUCCGACAGUCGCUGUUGAUGUACCUUCGACGAACGGCCAGCAGGACAAUGUCAUGAAAAUGCCAGAGAGACCCGGCACCUUCGAUAGUAGCAGGCCGGGAAUGUCUAUGUCUCCGUCCAGUCUCGGCAGAGAGGGCAACAAGUGCCCGACCCCAGGCUGCACGGGGCAGGGUCACGUGACCGGACUCUACUCUCACCACCGCAGCCUUUCUGGAUGUCCACAGAAGGAUAAAUUAACUCCAGAGAUUCUGGCGAUGCAUGAGACCAUAUUGAAAUGCCCAACGCCUGGUUGCAACGGUCGCGGUCAUGUCAGCUCCAAUCGGAACACACAUAGAAGCCUGUCCGGAUGUCCCAUUGCCGCGGCCAAUAAGCAGGCCGCACGCGAGGCACGGCAAAAGGUUCAAGUGCCGGGAAUACCACCGGAAUACAUCAGCACGAAUUUGUUACCCCCUUCAAUGGACACGAAGAGCUAUUCGCAGUACGGUUCCGCAACGCAAGAUACGAAACCCGUACUAAGCAGCUUGACCUACGAUUACUAUUCGACAAAAAACGCUGUGAUUAAUGUGAAGCCUCCGAAAACGCCGGAGGACAACAGCACGUCGCGUCCCGCGAAGGUGCCCAAAACAGAGAAUAUGACUCUUAGCAGCAGUUGCUGCAAUACGUUAUCUAUGAGGAAUCAAAAUACGGGUGAGUUGUUGGUCCCUAAAACGGAGGAUGCUGCGUCUUGCAGAGUAAACUCGCCUCCACCACCACCGCCUCCUGCAGUACGACAAACGUACGAUUCUUACAUGAGCCAAGAUUCGAAUUCCUCAUCCAUGUCAUCCAUGGACGCGAUGGGUUCGAGGGCAUCCAUAGGAGCGACGAUCCAUCAUCCAAGCCAGCAUCCGACACAUCACGUGCUGCCAAUGCAGCCCGUCGCCUAUCCGAUGCCAAUGGUGGAGGAUACCAGGAUGAGCCAUCAAAUGUCCCAAAGGUCUCCUUAUGAGUCUAGCGCCAUGAUGGCCGCUGCAGCGGCCGCGGCAGCAGCCGCAACCACCACAGAAGAGCUUUAUCAUCAUAGAUCAGCCGAACACGCGAGAGCGUACAUGCAUCCUGGUACCAGCAACAUCGCACGACCAGUAGUGACGUAUUCCAACGACAUAACUGGCAGAGGCUACGAGAAUGCGAUAGUCAGUGCAGCCAAUCAUCGACCCUAUGAUCCUGGUACCACUGCGACAUACGAGAGAUAUGAUACGCAGUCUUGCGCACCUAUCCCCUCUCAGCAACAACAGCAGCAACAACAGCAGCAACAGCAGCAGCAGCAACAACAACAACAGCAGCAGCAGCAGCAGCAGCAGCAGCAGCAGCAGCAGCAGCAACUUCAUUCAAGGGCAAAUAUGUACUAUCUGGGACAAACCGGCAUGACGCCAGAGGAGCAAGAGCGAGUUUAUCAUCAAGAAGCUGCGGCAGCUGCUCAACAGCAUCAAAUGGCGAUGGCCGCCGCCACGGCAGCCGGAAUGAUAAAGACUGAAGAUGUGAAAUGUGUCACGGUCGCGCAAAUGCAACAAAUGCAGAAACCCGGUGGACCGCCUACCUCGCCCGGGGGAUCAGUGAUGGAUUUGUCUACCUCCAGUGUUACGUCCACUAGCCCGCAGGCACCACCCUACGGUUCGAACAGCCUCAGUCCACAGUAUGGAGGAGGGCAGACGGUAGGAAGUAGUCCUCAAGCUGCAGCAAGUCCCCACUUAACGGCUAGUCCUCAAGUUCCUAGUCCCCAGGGUCAGACUCUCGAUCUUAGCGUCAAUAGACUCCACAGCGGUGCACCCAGUCCGCAGUAUUCUACCGGCCAUGGGGAAGCCGUCGCGGUUCCAGUGGGUCCGGGUUUUCCAGCCCCACGACCGAUCGAGGAGCAAACGGAGCCCGUUGAUUUCUCAACGGCGAACGAGCCGGUCAAUUUCAGCGGGGGUCCGGGGAUCAGGCCUGUACCCGGGUUUCCGCCGCCUGGAGUGCACGUCACGGCGUACAGUCGCGAAAGCACACCCGACAGCGGGGGUUCCCACUACAUGGACGCCUACCGAGAUCCCACCGGUUAUGGACCCAUGAGUCCUCAUCCAGGAUACGGGAUGACCGGCGUUCAACCCGAAUAUCCCGGAAACACGUACACCCCUUACCCAACUGCAGGUUAUAACUGCGGUGGAACUUACCCAGGUGGCCCAGUGACUUCCGGUUAUCAGAUUCCAGCGGGUUACACUCCGGCACCAUGUUACAGCAUGCCGCCCCCGCAGCACACGGUUGGACCCCUCGAUAAACCAUCUGGCAAGGACGACAGCCUUUCCGGGUGCCCACGAGCUGAUCGUUCGCAAAUUCAGGCGCAUUCCCAGGAGCUCAAGUGUCCUACGCCAGGAUGCGACGGUUCUGGACAUGUCACGGGAAAUUACUCGUCACACAGAAGUUUAUCCGGUUGUCCACGGGCCAACAAGCCAAAGAGUAAACCUCGAGAUGGUCAAGAUUCUGAGCCCCUGAGAUGUCCAAUCCCGGGUUGCGACGGGUCCGGCCAUGCCACCGGCAAAUUCUUGUCGCACCGCAGUGCAUCUGGAUGUCCAAUUGCAAACAGGAAUAAGAUGCGAGUGUUGGAGUCUGGCGGCACAGUCGAGCAGCACAAGGCGGCCGUGGCUGCCGCGACAGCCAUGAAGUUCGAGGGUGUCAAUUGCCCCACACCUGGAUGCGAUGGACUCGGUCACAUAAACGGCUCCUUCCACAGCCACAGGUCUUUAUCGGGCUGCCCGAUAGCCAGCCACGCUGUGAAGAAACCGAAACCGGAGGAUAAUAUGAGCAUGUACAGCAGAGGAAUCACCGGGUUGGAAGCCGGUGGUCCGGCUCACGGGGGUGCGGUAGGCACGGGUCAGGGUAACUCGAGCGGUAGCGGGACCGCCGGUGUCCAGAGCGAGGAUCUCUACACACUGGAGGCUGAAAUCACCGAGCUCCAGAGAGAGAACGCCCGGGUCGAGUCGCAGGUCUUGCGCUUGCGCUCGGAUAUCACCGCCAUGGAGAAUCAGCUCAAGCAGGGAGAAAAGGAAACAACAACGAUAACCCAGCGUAACAACAAUUUGACCGAGUACUAUCAGUCGCUACGCGACAACAUGAUCACUCUGCUGGAGCAAGUGCGAAUACCGAACGCCCCGGGCGGACCGCAGGAGAAAAUAGGCCAUGAGAACUUCGAUAGUUACCUGACGAAGUUGCAGACUCUGUGCACCGCCGACGGCUACUGCGCUGACGAGAGCAACCGGCCGAUUUACGAGACGGUGAAGACCGCCCUGCAGGACUUCACGGUCCUGCCGACACCCAUCUGA